AUGGCUCCCGUCCACCAGGAAACAAUCUCCCUCCUUCUUCUUCCCGCCCUUGCGCUUCCGUCAACUACAGCCUCGUUGAUAUCAGCAUACAAAAGGACACUUGAAACUCUCCUCCCCCGACUCGCCCAGCCGAAAUCCCAAGCCAUUGCACGACUCGACAUUGCCAUUGUCCUGUCUCCAUCAUACCCAGUAUCGCCCAACAUCCCUCGUUCCGCCGUCUUCCCUUCGGUCCAGCGGCUAUUGUCAGAAACGUAUAGUUUGAUCUGUGCAGUGGCAGCGGAUAACAAAGUCGAAUUGGAUUUCCCCGGCGGCCUGGAUGUGCGGAUAUUCCUGCUGGAGAGUCGAGUCGACCAGUUGCCUCGUGGGGUCAGGGGCAAGCAAGCCCUAUCUGGCCCCAUUGUUGAUAUCCAGACUUUUGGGUUGGCCGCCCGCCCAUACACGACGAUAUACUCAGUCGAGGGCGAGACUGGCGAACAAAAUCUCAGGUCCCUCAUUACGGCGUGGCAAUCCGAGAAGAACAGAAGUGCUCCGCCUGUGCACCGGCUGCCCAGCGGUCCUGCUAUCAUCCAGCCUAGCAGCUCCCAGACUUCCGUCCACGAAGACGGCCCGGUGACGACGCAUCAGUCUGUCGCUGUGGGCGGAACUUUCGACCAUCUCCAUAUUGGACACAAGCUUCUCUUGACCGCCACAGUCCUCGCUGCUGAGCCGUCCGGUUUUUCUUCGCAUACGGAGACCCCCCGACUCAUCACGGUGGGGAUAACCGGAGACGCAUUGCUCGUGAAUAAGAAGUAUGCGGCUGUCGUUGAACCGUGGUCGCUCCGCCAACAACGCACGGCCGAGUUCAUUGAUUCAAUCCUAGCAUUCCACCCAGACGUACCCUCCAUCACAAAAACCGAGCACAUCGACCAGCCAGGCCCGAAUGGCAAAGUCGUGCGUGUCACUUACGGCAACGACAUCAUCGUCAAUUAUACACAGAUCUCCGAUCCUUUUGGACCGACCAUCACUGAUGAAGGAAUCAGUGCGCUGGUGAUCUCCCGUGAGACCAGAGCCGGAGGGAAGGCUGUGAACGAUAAGCGGAAGGAAAGGGGGUGGAAGGAACUGGAGAUUUUCGAAGUCGACGUUCUAGAUGCGAGGGCCGCGAUGGCCGAGGAGGAAGGAGAAGGACAAGAAAAGCAGGAGAGCUUCGAGAGUAAGAUUAGUAGCACCGAGAUCAGAAGGAGGCUGUCGGAAAUGAGAGCUAGUACUACUGGACAAUGA